AUGGCCGUGCUCAUUCGCCACAAUGUCGGCAUCGGACGUGUUUCCUUUGGCCGAAUAGCUUGCCGCAACCUUCACAAGGGUCAUGUAGGUGCCACGUUGGAGAAGCUCAACUUGCCACGCCAUCAUUGGCUGAAAGAAGUUGAGCAGGCUCCAGAAAAGGCAACAGUUCGGAGGAUGAAGGACACCUAUCUCCGAGAACUGGGGGAAGCGCGAGCAGAAUUGCAAGGUCUAUUUGGACCAGAAGAGCGCAGCGCUAUAGUGAAACCAACAGUCCAGGAAGAAGAGAGAAUACGUGACACCAAGAAACGGCGGGAACUCAACAAUGAGGCGCUUCGGGCUUACCGCAUGCUGCGCCCACAAGCAGCACCAUUUUAUGAGGAAGACGCGAUGCUUGGUAUGAAGGCCAAGAUGAACAAGAUCACAAAAGAGGAGGGUGACAGCCAUUAUUGA